CUAUUCCUCAGUAUCCAGUCUCUCUCAGAGUUGGAUCUCUCAGUGUUUUUAUCGAGAAAGUGAAGGAAAACUCCAAGUGAUAUGCUACAUACAUUUAAUUUUUUGUAAAAAACGAAAUUGUACUUAAUGACGAAUGGAAUUUCGUGGGAUCAAGGCGAGCAGAGACUGUACAAUCUCUGUCGCUGAGUGAGUAUCUAUCUCACUGUUUCUGAUUGUGCUGCUACGGAAAUGCUUGAAACUGCUGCAUGAAUGGUCGUGGGUAACACCGGGGAUUGCGGUAGCCUACAUUGGGAAGCUAUCCCCUGACUAACAGACAAUGUGCCCACUCAAACCUGGCGCAGAACGUAUCCGAUGAAUGAUUCCUGGUUUAAUUUGCCUGUUGGGUUGUAACGAAGAUCAAUGGAGAGACCUGCGCGUCCGUGCGCCCGGGUACCUUUUUUACACUAAUGUUGUCUUAAUUUGGGUUACAUGUCCCUACUGAAAUUCCCAGCUCCAAGGCUCAUACAACGUUGAUGCUGGAUAAUUCAGCAACAUUGUUGUAAAAAUGCUGAACAGCGUUUUGUUGCUCAGCGUUUUAACUGUGACCAGUUUCGCAUCGAAGACAGACAGCCGCAAAACAUCGAAAGAAAUUUGUAAGAACCGCUGCUCCUGUGAGGAAAAGGAGAAUAUAUUGAGCAUUAACUGCGAAAACAAAGGGUUUACAACGGUGAGUCUAUUUCAGCCUCCGCCGAACAAAAUCUGCCAACUCUUUCUCAAUGGAAACUUUCUUUCGAGACUUAAUCCGAACGAGUUUAUCAAUUAUGGUAAUGUCACAUCCCUUCACCUGGGAAACAACGGGUUACAGGAGAUACAGACUGGAGCUUUUACUGGACUGAGGUUUUUAAAACGACUUCAUCUCAACAACAAUAACUUGGAGAUAAUCAAGGAAGUCACCUUUGCUGGUUUAGAGAGUUUGGAGUAUUUACAGGCAGAUUAUAAUUACAUCAGCGCCAUUGAAGCAGGUGCAUUCGGCAAAUUAAAUAAACUCAAAGUGCUGAUUCUCAACGACAACCUCAUGCUGUCUCUUCCCAACAAUGUAUUUCGUUUCGUUAUGUUAACGCAUUUGGAUCUAAGGGGAAACCGGCUUAAGAUGCUGCCUUUUGCUGGUGUGCUGGAGCACAUAGGCGGCAUUAUGGAGAUCCAACUGGAGGAGAACCCGUGGAAUUGCACCUGUGAUCUGAUACCCUUAAAAGCCUGGCUGGACACCAUCUCGGUCUUUGUAGGGGACAUCGUGUGCGAGACCCCCUUUAGACUGCAUGGAAAGGACAUUACGCAAUUGAUUAGGCAAGAUCUAUGCCCCCGACGUAAUGCUGGUGAUUCUAAUCACCGCGCAAUGCAACCCCCUUCUGAUUCCCAAUACGACGGCCCCUCUCCCACCCUACACCCCGGUGUCACUCCAACAAAAGCCCCACGGGCCUCCCGUCCCCCUAAAAUGAGAAAUCGCCCUACACAACGGGUAACGUCUGGUAAGGACAAACAAGUGCUGGGGCCUAUAAUGGUUUAUCAGACUAGGUCCCCUGUUCCCAUGACCUGCCCUAGUAUAUGCGUCUGUACCUCCCAGAACGCAGACACUGGAUUAAAUAUCAACUGCCAGGAGAGGAAAUUGCAUAAUAUAACAGAGCUUACCCCUAAACCCUCCUAUCCAAAGAAAUUGCAUUUAACAGGGAAUUACUUACAUACCAUAUAUACAACAGACCUAACCGAAUACAGCACACUCGAGCUCCUCCAUUUAGGAAAUAAUAGGAUAGCUGUUAUUCAGGACGGGGCCUUUGACAACCUGGCUAAUCUACGGAGACUUUACCUCAAUGGCAAUUACAUUGAAAGUCUAUCCCAAUCAUUAUUCGUAGGGCUGCAGAGCCUUCAAUAUUUAUACCUGGAGUACAAUGUCAUCAAGGACAUUUUACCACAGACGUUUAACUCAUUACAGAAUCUGCAGCUGCUGUUCCUAAACAACAAUCUACUAAGAUCCCUUCCCGACAAUAUAUUUUGGGGGACUAUGCUAACAAGACUAAACCUGAGGAACAAUCACUUCUCCCACCUGCCGGUGCGCGGUGUGCUCGACCAGCUCUCCGCAUUCAUUCAGAUCGAUCUGCAGGAGAACCCAUGGGAUUGCACAUGCGACAUCGUCGCCCUUAAAAACUGGAUGGAGCUGUCCAGCACCAGUGUCGUGGUAAAUGAAAUCACAUGUGAUUCGCCCUCCAAACAUGCAGGGCGGCUGCUCAGAUCUCUGCGUAAUGACGCAAUUUGUCCCGAGCCUAACGAGGUCACAGUAGGCCUAACCAAGGCCCCCACGGUCAGUCCCAGCACCGACUCCACUCCCCCGCUUGCCAUCACGUCAACAGAAGAGCAGAUACCCGAGAUGCAACCGGAGGUGCCCCUGUCUGUUCUCAUACUGGGACUGCUCGUGGUGUUCAUUCUGUCGGUCUGCUUCGGGGCUGGUCUUUUCGUAUUCGUCCUCAAACGACGCAAAGGAAUUGAUAGCGUCCCCGCCAGUGCCAAUCAUUUAGAUAUAAACUCUUUCCACGUACAGUAUGGUUCAUAUAGCUCAGAGCCCACUGCAGAUAAAACAGAGACACAUGUGUAUAACUACAUCCCUCCCCCCGCUAGCCAGAUGUGUCAGAACCCCAUCUACAUGCAGAAAGAUAGCGAGCAGGUGGCGUACUAUAGGAAUCUAAAAGAGCUAACUUUCAGCACCAUGGACCCGAAAAAGUCGGAGUUGCCCCCAAGCCCAUAUACCAUAAGCACAGUGGAACUCAAUGAAAAACAAUCUUGUGGCAAUCGACAGCCGGAGCUGCUUUAUCAAAACAUUGCAGAGCGAGUUAAGGAGCUUCCGACGGCUGGCGAUCAGAAUUACAGUUUCUGCACUUUACCGAAAAGACAAUUCAUUCCUCCCUUUGAAACUACUAGACGACACAAACAGGACAGGUUGAAUAAAACUGUUCUCUAUGGGACUCCACGAAAGUAUUAUGCUGAACAAUCAAAAAAUGAACACCCUUUGCUGCCUGGGAAGCUAAAAACAGAACCAGACUACCUCGAAGUUCUGGAAAAACAUACUGCAAUGAGUCAGUUGUAAGAUAUGGCCCUAUCAUCACACGUAUUACAUCGGUAUGUAUCUAUGUAUUCCACAAAUUGACGAGUCCAACUCAAACAAAGCAACCUAAGCCUUUUUAUAUAUUUUUUAUUUUCCAGCUGUAUUGAGUAAACGUAGCCCUUUAUGCAGACAGUUAUAUUAUAUUACUGGAGGUUUAACAUAUUUAUUAUACUUUAAAUAUAAAGACUGUAGCAGGUACCGCAAGAACUAUGUAUAAUACGGCUGUGUGCAUUUUAUAUAAUAUAUUUUAUUUUCUCUGUGGAAACAAAUAUCAUUUUUAGAUGAAUAAUUGAGAAAUGACAUUCCUGUAUAUAAUAAUGAGUGUGAAACACAUGUAAAGGUUCCGUCCACAUGACGAUCCAUUUAUUCCAGAAGUGCCUUUGCACUCCGAGUAUUUUAUCUUUGCUUUCUGCAAAUGGAAAUUUGCUGUAUUUUAAGAAUCUUUAUGUACAAUUUAAUUAUUUGUCCAUUACAUUAAACAUAAUUGAAGAGGG